AUGAUUGGCCCGCCCCCAGCCGGGAUGACCGUUGGAACCCCACCCUCCACGCUGGCACGUGUGUUACUGGCUUCCCAAGUGCUGGUGCUGCUGCCGCCAUGGUCGCCCACCACCACCCUAAACCUGCGAGGGUCCUGGGCCGACCCGGCCCAGCUCCUGCAGCCUGCGAGCGGUGGAGGGUGGGCCUCUGACUCCGGAAGCACAGCCAUUGGCCUGGGCAGCCACAGUGGAGGGGGCCUCCCUGGUAGUGGCAUUUGGGGUCUCACCCAUGUCUCUAUUGUAGGUGGCAGGGGAGUCUCCACAGCGUGCGGGAAACCCAAGGUGAUGUGGCGGAUCUCUGGUGGUCAGGAUGUGGUGGCUGGCCAGUGGCCAUGGCAGGCCAGCCUGAUGUACCAGGGCUUGCAUGUCUGUGGAGCUGUCCUCAUCAACUCUCGCUGGCUGGUUUCUGCUGCCCACUGCUUUCUCAAAAAAUCCCAUGCUCCAGAGAACUACCGGGUCCUGUUAGGAAGCACGCAGCUGUUUGAACACACUCAGCACACCCUGGAGAUGCCCGUGAGCCGGAUUGUCAUGCACCCAGACUUUGAGAAGCUUCAUCCCUUCGGAAGUGACAUAGCCAUGUUGCAUCUGCUCUUUCCUGUGAACUUCACUUCCUACAUCAUCCCUGCCUGCCUCCCAGCCCCUGGCUUGCAGCUGCUUAAUAAUGCAUCCUGCUGGAUAACUGGCUGGGGGAUGCUCAACGAGGAAA